AUGGAUCAGUCCCCUGCAGUGCGUUCCGAAUAUCUGGUCUCAGGGAUUCGAACUCCUCCCGUCCGAAGGAACAGCAAGCUUGCAACAUUGGGCAGGAUUUUCAAACCAUGGAAAUGGAGGAAAAAGAAAAAUGAGAAACUAAAGCAGACGUCGGCAGCAUUAGAGAAGAAGACAGCUGCCAGGCAAGGUCGGGACGAGCUAAUUAAGAAAGGCCUCCUGGAGAUGAUGGAACAAGAUUCUGAAGUCAAAGCAUGCACUGCUGACGGUGCCACCAGAGCAAUGCUGAGUGACCCUUCAUCCCCCUCAUGCCAGGCACUUACCACAGAAGAGACGCAGCGGGAGCGUAGAUCAGCCACAACCAAUGCCACCUCUUUUGGCGAGGAGCUGCAUUUGGAAGAGCUGAGAGAAGAUCCAGCUAAGAAGAUGCCCACUUCCACAGACGAGCGAGAAAAUGCCAGCCUGCCAGCUUCCGAAGAGCAUCCACAAGCCUUACUUCUUUCUGAAUCCACAGAAGCACCCCAGAACCAGAUGGACAGGAACCCCGCACAGCUCCCCAGCCCCCCUCCAUCGCUUCCAAUACUACCACCUAAGACUGCACCCAAAGUCUCAAAGAUUGUACCAGGACAAGCUGCUCCCUUCCAGCCCUCAGGCCAGAAAGUCUCCGAUCCCCACCUCAGAGGACAGCAUACGACGCCAACCGGCUCUCCUCACCUAGCUGCCGUCCACCUGCCUUUACCUCCCAGCCGAGUCAUCGAGGAACUUCACAGAGCUCUUGCCACCAAACAUCGGCAGGACAG